AUGGCGGCGGCGGCGGCGGCUGCGUAUCGCGUGGAGGAGGAGCAGGUCUGGAAAUGUCCCAAGCACCCUACGAAGCGGCGGCGCCACGGCGUCUGCCCCAUCUGCCUCCGCGACCGCCUCAUCACCCUCUGCCCCAAUUGCGGCAACGUCCGCCCCUGCCCCUGCUCCGCCGCCUCCUUCUCCGCCUCCUCCUCCUCCUCCUCCGCCUCCUCCUCCUCCUACGCCGCCGAGCCCUCCUUCACCCGCUCCCGCUCCCUCGCCAUCCCCUUCUUCCUCCGCUCCAACCCCAGCCGCCUCCAUUCGGCGUCGUUUCUCUCCGUUUUUAGGCGAAAGGGGAAGAAGGCAGCCGAUGCCAAAAACAACGGCGGAGACGCCAAUUCGGAGAGCAACGAUAAAAUUGAGGAUUUCGCGAGGAUGAUUUCGCGGUCGAGGUCGGUCGGGGCGGGGUCGGCGGCGAGCGGCGACGGCAGCCCAUCGUCGGGAAAGGGGAAAUUCUGGAAUGUGAAGGCGUUUCGAAGCUCUUCGAAGAAUCACAUGGCCGCUGAUAUUUCCGCCUUAAACAAAGGGUGA